AUGGCUGCUAACUCAUUCUCCUCCAAUCUGAAAAUGGAAGAAAGCUCUCGCAGCACUGCUAAUGUUCGUGAAAAGAAACGAAUGUGUAACAUCAACGUUGCUUUUCUGGAAUUGAGAGAUUAUAUUCCAACAUUCCCUUAUGAGAAGAGACUCUCGAAAAUUGAUACUCUGAAUCUGGCUAUUGCUUAUAUCGACAUGUUGUACGAUAUUCUGAGGUCACCAAUGGAUUCACAUCGAUAUGUUCGGCGUUGUGUUACCCUGGCAAAGAACGGUCAUCCAUAUGCCCCCAAAUGGAGUACAAGUGAUUUAAUAGCCAGACUGAGUUGGAUAAAAUGGGAAAAAUUAGGAAUUCAACCAGUUGCAUGA